GAAAGCUAACCGGUAACUGAUUACAGUACUUUAAAACCUCUUACUGGAUAAACUGAAAACCUACUGAAAUCAAUUAAAUAUAUUGAUUUACAUCCACCCUAAAAGGCUAUACGAAACAUACGAAACAAACCCGCCACUAUCUAAUUUUACAAGUUUUCCUUUUUCAGUGGAAAAGUAGGCAGGGCGGCGGCCGUUUGCACCGCCCACUCGCUGAUGCAGCAUCCGGCGAUGAGAUCUGAUAUGCGGCCUGUUGUGUUUUGAUUAUUGGCUCGGGUGUAGCAGGUACCACAGACAUGGCGGCGGGAGACUCGGAGUUUAGGUGACUCCCUCCAAGAACCUCUGCAGUAGUUUAAACUUUUUUGAGCAUAAUAUCAUUGGAGUUAGCGGGAAGCUGGCAUCUUUGGUGGGCAGUCGGCUCCGCCUGGAGGACAUGAUGGAGGUUACGGUGGAGGGAGAGGCGGAGGAGCGCAGGAGGGAGCAAUGGAAGCUGCUGUCCAGCCUGAAGACCACGGUGGAGGGCCUCGUGUCCACCAACAACCCCAACGUCUGGUCGCGGUACGGCGGCCUGCAGAGGCUGCACAAGGACAUGAACAACAUCCUCAGUCACAGACUGAAAAACGAGCAGAUGUACUACAAGCAGCGAGACUACUGGCCUUUUGUUUGGUGUGUUCGCUACAUCAGCCCCCACCUCGCCAUGCACGUUGAACAGUUCAGUCACCUGGAGCCGGUUCUGAGCAGCGGGGUGCACACCGCCGGUGAGAGCCACAAGGCCGAGCGCUGGUUGCUGCACAGCUUGCAGGUUCAUAAGCUGUCAGCUCAGCUCAAACCUCUGCUCAGGCAUUUGGGAAACACACGGAAAUAUUACAACGACGAUUCCUUCCUGCUGAGUGAGCCUCAUGUGACGGCCAUGUUUCAGUGUCUGGAGGCUGUGGAGCAGAAUAAUCCUAAACUACUGGCCCAAGUUGACACUGUUGGGCUUUCCCCGCUGAAAGGUUCUCCGUGCCUUAGCCUGCUGAAGAGCCAGAGCUUGUGUGUGCUGCCUGGGGCCGGGGGGACCUGGAGGAACGCCGACACGGCUCCUGGAGGCGACUCUCUGAACCGCAGACUAACCACCUCAAACUGCUCUCUGCGAGAAGCGGUCGCAGCCAACCACAAGCCAGCAAACACUACAGCAGCUGGAUCCCGAAAGGGCAGCAACAUGAGUGAAGAAAGCAUCAAUACCAAGUACACUACCUCUCCGGCCAGCAGCGUGGAAACUCCGUGGGUGAUCGUGUCCAGGCCGGGGGACGGUGAGCGAGGUGUGACGCCGUCUCCUGGAUCAAUUUCCGUCCCUCACAUGUCCCUGUCGGAGUCCCCAUCCUCCUCCGUUCAGCCCGAGGCCGGGGACUCCUGCGACUCCGACGAUGGACCGGAGUAUCUGGCUAUCGGUAACCUGGGGCAACGCAGUCGUCGUGAUUCCCGAAGCUCCAUCCACAGCAGUGAGCAGGACCAGACAAAGGAACCCAGCACACAGCAGAGUUCCCAGACCUCGACCCCGCCGAGGUGCACGUCUUUCUCGGAGGGCCAGAGGGGCCCCGGUAGGGGGGCCAAAGGACACACCCGCUCGUUUUCAGACACGGGGAUCUGUCAAAAACUCAGGAAUGAAUCAGCAAGCGAAGACUCCAGCAUGAAGGACUACAGUUCCUUCUCUCCCCAGCGCAGCAAUACCAGCACCCCCAGUUCCCUUUACAUGGAGUCCUAUGGGCCCAAGUACAGCAGCGUGCCUGAUGGGAUGUUCAGGAAGCCAUCGAAGGGGCAGAGCCUCAUCAGCUAUCUGUCAGAGCAGGACUUUGGCAGCUGUGCUGACCUAGAAAAGGAAAAUGCUCAUUUCAGCAUCUCAGAGUCCCUCAUCGCCGCCAUUGAGCUGAUGAAAUACAACAUGCUGCGCCAGGAGGAAGAGGGUGAGGAGGAGGGAGACAGUGACUCCGAGAUUCAGCAGCUCAAACAAAAGAUCCGUCUGAGGAGGCAGCAGAUCCGCCGCAGCCGUCUGCCGCCCUACACAACCUCCCAGCACCAUUUCCACUCCACUGACAGCGGCGGCUCCAGGAGGAGCUCUCAGGACUCCUACCAGGGCCUGUCCGACUCCGGCUCGGCCGAGGAGGUGGAGGAAUGUGAGCUGCAAGAUGGCUGUGAGGGUCAAUCCCUGCUGGCGGUGUCCCAGAGCGGCCUCUCCUUGUCACUCGCCUCCCUCUUCUCAGAUGCAGAUAUAAAGCGCAGUGUAAGCUCCAGUGGCAGGUCCUUCCUGAGCUCAGAAUCCAUCUCUCCCUCCUUCCUCCAGUCUAACUCAGCUGAGUCGGUGGCGAUGGGUUUGCUCAGGCAGUUCGAGGGCAUGCAGCUUCCUGCAGCUUCAGAGCUAGACUGGCUGGUUCCAGAGCACGAUGCUCCACAGAAGCUGCUGCCUAUUCCCGACUCUCUGCCCAUCUCUCCUGAUGACGGAGAGCAUGCAGAUAUCUACAAGUUGAGGAUUCGCGUUCGAGGCAACCUUGAGUGGGCGCCGCCGAGACCACAAAUCAUCUUCAACAUUCACCCUGCACCAAAGAGAAAGAUCAUUGUUGCCAAGCAGAACUAUCGUUGUGCUGGAUGCGGCACCAGAAUUGACCCAGACUACAUCAAGCGACUGCGAUACUGCGAGUACCUCGGCCGCUACUUCUGCCAGUGCUGCCACGAGAACGCCCAGGCGGUCGUACCCGGCCGAGUUCUCAGAAAGUGGGACUUCAGCAAGUACUACGUCAGCAACUUCGCCCGAGACCUGUUGUGCAAGAUUUCAGGAGACCCUCUGUUCAACCCAAGUGACAUCAACAACGGCUUGUACAAGAAGAUCAAGUCUCUGGAGUCUGUCAGGGUUUUAAGAAUGCAACUUUUUCACAUGAAAAAUCUCUUCAAGACUUGUCGCUUUGCCAGAGGGGUUCUUGACCAGUUCGACGGCGUCCCAGGUCACCUGACCGAGGACCUUCACCUUUUCUCGCUCGACGAUCUCACUGCUGUUCGCAACGGAGAACUGGCCCCCCGGUUGAAAGAGCUCCUGAAGCUUGGUACCAUGCAUGUAGCUGGUUGCGUGUUGUGUCAGGCGAAGGGCUUUGUCUGCGAGUUCUGCAACAACGAUAAAGACAUCAUCUUCCCCUUCCAGCUCAGCAAGUGCCAGCGCUGCGAAGAGUGCCACGCCUGUUACCAUCAGAGCUGCUUCAGGACAGGUAAAGACUGCCCCCGCUGUAGGCGGCUGGCGGAGCGCCGGGAGAGGAUGGCGCGCAGAAACAUGGAGGAGCAAGAGGACGAAGGAGGAGGGACUUAGUGCCGGCAACAUGGUGACCUCAGGAAAGAAGAGGAAGAAGUGGAGGACAAAUUGAUGAUGAUUGUAGUCUCUGACCUUCUCCCCUGUCUUUAACUCAUUCCUCUCAGAUCACCAGAGAAAAUUGUUUUCGACAGGAUCGCCACGUAUGGAAGUGGAGUUUUGAGAUGAAUGUUUUCUACAAGCCCCUUCGAGAUAUGCACUUUAUUUUUAUUAAUGCUUGAAAAGUAUAUCGAUUAUUAUGCAAAUUUAAUUUAAUUUUUUCCCACAAUGUCGAAAAAAACAACUAAUAAGGCGUUCUUUAAAAUUGACACGUUGAAGAUUUAAUUAAACCUAACAAGCUAACAAUUCAGCCUUUACGCCUCAAAAAAGUUUAAUUGCUUUGAUUAAAAAUGAUUUUAAGUGAAUUAUAUUUGUGUAACUCUUCUCCUCCUUACCAGCUGUCCUCAACAGUGCUGAAUCAUUCCUGAACAAAUAGACCAGCUCUGCAUGAGAGAUCAAACCUGCGGCCUUGCACAGUUACUUGACUCUUAUCAUUUUUCAGUUUUAUGUGCAACACGAGCCAAAGACCAUUUUUAACUUUCAGCACCUGUGUGUUGUGAUAUUUGUUGUGAAAUGUAACCAAUCUGUCAACAUAAUAAGAGUUAUUUAAUUUAACCUGAGGCUUCUUCCUCUUUACACAUACUGGUAAGAUGCUUAUUUUAUUACUUGACAUUUUGUUUUGUUGACACCUAACAUGGCAGGAUAAAUUUAUUUGUGAGAAUAACACUGGAAGUUUAAAAAUGCAUAACUUUUAAGAUUUGACGAAUAAUAAUAGUUUAAAUGGUCUUUUCAGGUGCAGUUUUAUUUGGAUAUUAAGAAAAUAUUUACCAUGUACUUUUCUAUUUUUUGAGCCUUAUAUUUUCUGUUUUAUGCUGUUUUAGACUCUUUUGUGACCAAUGAGCAUAUAAUGGAAACAAUGGUGGAGUCUCUCAGCAAAGCUGAAUUUGCAGGAACGGGAACAGGAGUCAUUGUUGCAAACGUUAUCGGUAAAACUGGAAAUGAUCAGUUGUCCUGCUGCUCGGGUUGUGUGUGUGGGUGUGUGUGUGUGUGUGUGUGGUGGACUUUGAGUGAGUGCUGGUGUGCAUAUCUACCUGCUGCCCUUACUAAUUUCUAUUGCUGCAGCUUUUGAGAUAGCCGCGUGUUUGGUUCUUUGCCCUGAUCCGGUGUGUUCUGGUGGAGUUUGGAUGUAAUUCUGCUAAUGUUUGUUUAUAGAACAUGAACUUUGAGCUUGAAAUGUUACUGACUAAUGAUGCCUGAAGCGGUUUUGUUCUAAUGUUCUAAUAACGUAAUUCAUCACUUUCUUAAGUUAAACAGUUUUUACUCAAGUUUUAGCAAAUUGGCUUACUGCAUUAGAGGUGAAGUUUGAAAUUAUUGUCACAUUCAUGUUGGGUUUUGUGACUUUUUUUUUUUUUUCCCAGGUAACUCCAUGUGUUGUCUAAAGAAAUGAGAUUAGGUGAAAAAUUGCAUUUUAGACUUUUUAGACAUGUUUUUUUGCACUUAUGUUAACAAUUAGAUUUUCAUAUUUUUCAUUUGUGGACCAGUAUAAAUUCGCAGAAAUGUAUGUUAUAUUUAUUCUUGAGGUUUCAAAUGACUAACAAAUAGUUCUUCUUGUUAUAAAUUAGAUCAGCAUAAAUAGUCUUAACUGGAUAAAUAGUACAUCAAAUUAGUCUCAUUACUAACAGCUAAUCUCUUCAAAAUGGAUCCCAUUCAUUAUUUAUGCACUAGAUUUUUCUUCUUUUUACUAAAGAAACUUUUCAGUUUAAAGCUUUUGAACAAAGUAUCCGCCCAGCUCCUCUGAUCAGCUUUGUUUUGGACCUGCCUUUGCUAUGGAGGAGUGAAGAGGUUUAAAGUGCACUACAGAGUUAAAAACUUUUAUUAAAAAUGUUAAUUGUUCUUGAUUUGCUUUGAGUAUGUAAUGAUGUUCACAAUAAAUGACUGGCAAGACUGUUAAA